AACUGGGCAUUAGCCUUACGGCAGUCGUGAGGUUGGUAUUGCACUGUGUUGUUUCGUCAAGGCAGACCUGAAUCCAGAUCUUCUCAUACGCGAAGCGUCUGCAUCAGUGAUCCGUCCGUGGCAGAAAUGGGCGACGCGGUGCGACCGUCGACGCAGAACAGCGGCCGCGAGGCGUGGAGCGGCGGCCGCAACAGGGGCGGCGGCCCGCCCGCCCUCACCGACAAGAAGGCCCUCGUGGGCGACGAGGAUUUCGUAGGCGAAGUCGAACCCAAAAAGGGAUGCUGGCCUAAGUUCACGGAAUGCUUCUGUGGCAUGUGGGCCACGCGUCAGAUGACCAAGAGCGACGACAGGGAGGUGUACGUGAGGACAACUCUGCGCGAGCUCGUCGUCUAUUUGCUCUUCCUCGUCAUCCUCUGCAUCAUGACGUUUGGCUCGGCGUCGACGUCCAUGUACUACUACACGAGCGUCCUGACGAACCUCUUCCUGGACACGCCCUUCCCUGACGACAACACCGCCUCCUUCAGGCAGGCUGCUGUCCUCUCUGACGUCUGGGACUUCUACGAGAACGUGAUGUUGGACGGACUGUACUGGGAGAACUGGUAUGACGCUGAACAGUCGCCCACUGCACCUCAGGACCGCAACAUUCUCUACGAGAACCGCCUGCUGGGGUUGCCGCGAGUCAGACAGGUAAGAGUGACGAAUAACUCGUGUGAAGUGCACGCUGAUUUCAAGAAUGCCAUCCGUCAGUGCUACGCUCCAUACGACGACAAUAAAGUCGACAAGCAACCAUUCGGCAAAAUGGACAACACUUCAGCGUGGAGCUAUUCGUCGCAGCAGGAGCUGAACGGCUUCGCUCACUGGGGCAAACUUGCCACGUACAGCGGCGGCGGGUCAUAUAAGAACUUGGCUGACAACAAGAAUGAAUCGAAGGCCAUCUUAGCAGAUCUCCGCAGCAACCUUUGGAUCGAACGUGGCACCCGCGCCGUCUUCUUGGACUUCACCGUCUACAACGCCAACAUCAACCUCUUCUGCAUCAUCAAGCUGGUGUUUGAGCUGCCGGCGACCGGAGGUGUGAUCCCGUCGUGGACGUUCAGGACUGUGAAGCUGCUGCGCUACGUCUCCGCCUUCGACUACUUCAUCAUGGCGUGCGAGUUCAUUUUCUGCUUCUUUAUCCUCUACUACUUGGUUGAGGAGGCCAUCGAGAUAUCCGUGCUCAAGUGGUCCUACUUCAAGACCGUGUGGAACAUCCUCGAUCUUUUAGUUAUUCUCCUCUCCCUUGGGUGCAUUGGCUACAGCGUUUACUCCACCAUGACGAUCUCGGGGAAGCUGAAGGAGAUUCUCCACGACCCGAACGACUACGCUAACUUCGAAGUUCUUGGAUAUGCCGCGGUGCAAUACAACAGCGUGGUUGCGGUGUGCGUGUUCUUCGCCUGGCUCAAGCUCUUCAAGUACAUUUCCUUCAAUAAGACAAUGACGCAGCUAAGCUCCACGCUCUCAAGGUGCGCCAAAGAUCUCGCAGGGUUCGCUGUGAUGUUCUUCAUCGUCUUCUUCGCGUACGCUCAACUCGGCUACCUUCUUUUCGGCACGCAGGUCGAAGAUUACAACUCGUUCAUUAGCUCGACGUUCACGCUGCUGCGCACCAUCUUGGGAGACUUCAACUUCCAAGACAUGGAGGAAGCCAACAGGAUUCUUGGCCCUAUUUUCUUCUUGACUUACGUCUUCUUCGUGUUCUUCGUGCUGCUCAACAUGUUCCUGGCCAUCAUCAACGACACGUAUUCAGAAGUGAAAGUCGAAAUUGCGAGCCAGCGAAGUGAGUUCGAGAUCGCAGACUACUUCAAGCGCGGCUACAACAACAUGAUGGGCAAGCUUGGCAAGCGCGACAAGUUGCUCGAUGUCGAGAACGCCCUCAAGCUCUCCGACGGUAACAGUGAUGGCCAUCUCACCUUCGAGGAAAUCAGACACAACCUCAAAAAGUGCAACUUCUCCGACAUGGAGAUCGAGAUGUUCUUCGCCAAGUACGACUUGGACGGCAACCGCACGCUCGAGGUGGACGAAGUCAAGAUGAUGCUCAAGGAUUUGGAGGGACAGCGCAUCGACAUCGAGAAACAAAUCCGGCGCGAGCAGCCCGAAGAACAGAAGCCACAGCGUCCGGUCUCGGCCUCCGCAGUGGGUACCACCAUCAGCGGCGUCGCCUUCGAGGAGUUCUCCGUCCUGCAGCGUCGGGUGGACAGACUGGAGCACAGCAUCGGCAGCAUCGUAAGCAAGAUAGACGCAGUGCUCGUAAAACUCGGUACCAUGGAAAAAACCAAGAACAAGCGACGUGACGUCAUGUCGAAGAUACUCGACACAAUAACUGAGAAUGAUUCACUGGACGAGGCUGAGAAGAGGAAGCACAUGGAGAAGUUGGUGAGGGAGGAGAUCAGCGACUGGGAUGAUAAGAAUUAGACACUUCUCUUGCUACCUCGUGAAGAUGAGCUAGGAAGAUGUUGAACAGGAUGUUGCACGAGAGGCGUUACAUCAACGAUUUUCUUCUCAUAUAUCUUAAAGUUGAGUCGGUCGCAGCGCUACGAUGAGUUUCAGAAUAUAAUUAAUUGGCAAUUGUUGGAUCCUUGUGACGUUGCAAGGGAAAAUUUUUCAUUACACUCGCGAAUAUCCAGCUCUCUAUUAGCAACGAAAUAGUUGUGUAGUGCUUAGACGCAUUAGCCAGUAGCAUUUACCGAGACCGUUCAGAAAUAUUAGUGGUUGAUUGUAAUUGUAUUCAUAAGUACUCAUUGAAAAUUUAAUAUAAAUUGGAUGAAAAUAUUGAAGUGCAAUUCAAAUCUAUGCGUUUUAUUUGAGUGUUAGAUUUACACUCGUCGGAUAGGAGCUUCUUCUAGAAUCGCAUUCUGCAUUCAAUAGGACUCGUCAAAGCCUUGUGAUUAUACUCGUGGUUAGGGCUGGUUAUUCUUCACGUGACAUAUAUAUUGGCCUGCACUAUUUAUUCUUCUGCUUACUGCUUUAUUCUGAAGUUAGUUUGCAUGGCGCCGAUGUUAGAGAUCUGCGUUUGGUAAUUGGACAUUUGAAAAUGGAUCAAAUUAUUGUACGUUAAUUACAUGAGUGUUAUGUCAGUCCUCAAUCCGCAAGUCCUAUUUGGUAUACUUCUAUGGUAUACGUUACAAGUUCAUUAAAAGUUAUUUUAGUUUACACCAGACCAUUCAGUAAUUGAUUGCUUGCAAAAAGUCUGUUCAUUAUACCGGUAUUUGAAGUCAUUACAGCCGUAUUUUUCGAUGCUUAACUAAAUCGUUGAUAUGCAGAUUAGAUUGAUUUAGCACUACGAGUUCUACGCUAGUCGUAAAAUGUCACGUUUAAAUGUCUGAGUUUGCUAAAGCAGAAAAUCUCUGUCAAUAGAAAAAGUGACUUAUCUCUUGCUUGAAACUAAUGCAGUUGUCUCGCGUCUUCUUAGCAAUUCUUCACACUUAAGUUUAUACACAAUUAGGAGAUUUAAGCGUAUAAAGGAAUUAACAAUUUAAAUUUUUCUAUCACCAAGAGCAGUUUUAUAGUUAGUUUUCAUUCGGCAUUUGCCAAUACGUUGUAGUUCGUUGCAUUUCAUGACUGGCUUGCUGUAUAAACGCAACCUAUAAGAUGCGCCGAUACCACUUAUUUUGAUCUAUGCAGUGCAUCAGACCCUGUUGAUGCUAGUACCUACCAAGAGGGUGUUGGCAUGCUAGUUUGUUUUUGCCUUGAUAUUGUGUAAUUACAUUGCUGUUCGAAACAGCUAUUACUUAAAGCCGCAAUGAGAUAAAUUUAAAUAUUAGCAUUGUUAUUAUAAUCAGUUUUUAUUCCUCAUUAUAUAAGCGUUGCACUUGUGUGUUCUCUAAAUCUGUGUUCAUUUAUGUAUAUUCUGCGCAGAUAUCAGUAAGGUGCAUCCGAGAGAGUACUAUGGCUGCUUUGUACAAACUUACUCGUAUAAUAUUGCCUAUUUAAAACUAUUGUUAAGACUUGAGUCAUUAAUAUAAGUGACGCCGUAUUUGCCCUCAACGUCUACGUAACGCUAUGAUCAUUCGAUCACCCUGCCUUACUUAUCAAUAACGUUCAUUAAACCAGCUGUUGGUCGAGAUAAUAAUUUCAAUAGUUCAUGCUUCAGUUCAUUAAUAGAUAUUUCAUUACCUUUAUUUUAAUAAUCAAGAAAUCAAGAAGCAUACUGUGUUCUGAAUAAUCAUGUUCAAGAUAUUAAUAAAUUAUAAUCCGAACCAGAGGGGCAGUUGCUGGACGUUGGGUGGCAAUAAUCUUUCGAUCUCAAGCGUAGCUGCAAGGCUGCUGCUCCUGUUCUGCUCACUCUCGUCGCCAUUAGUUUACUGUGAAGUCCUUGAAAAUUAAUUAAAUUUUUAAUAUAGAGGAAAAUUUACUUUUUCAUAAGCAUUUUCAUUUUAGAAAAGUUUGAUGUAAUCUCUUCAAGACCGUAUCUAUAAUUCCUCGUCGUUGUACUCGGUAAAAUCGUGAAUCAUUAGCUUUCAUUUUAAUGAUGGAAUUUGGACUCGCCUCGACUUAUGGAGAUGAAACAAGAGCAAAGUCCUGACAGGAGAGAUCAACCCUUCUGCUACCAUGUUACUUAAUUCUAAGCUGUUUAUUUAUUUUCAGUGUCGACUAACUAAUGAUACAGCACUAAGUUCUGGAAAUAAAAAUUUCUGGGAUGCCGGUUUACUAAUCACUAAACUUAGCUUAUUGUGAUUGCCUAUACCUUGAAAUUAGAAUUGAAGUUUGUGCGUUACCGUCAACAUGUUUUCAAGCUAACAAAAUCCUAAUGCAUACCUAUUUAUUGCUUACAUAAAUUGGACCCUUGAGAUCGGCAUGUUUUACAAAUUUAGAUCCUCGUGUUGAGAGGAUGUUAAGUUCUCCUUCGCCUGACCUCAAAGCAGCAAAUUGCAAUCAAUUGCAUCUGUCAGAAUUUGUUUGAAUUGAUAUGAAGAUAAUUCCCGCAAA